AUGUUCUCGCAAACCCUCCGUCGUGCUGCGUCCCGGGCUGCUGAUGCCUACCGCUCUCCUUUCGCUCCCAAGUACUACGUUCCUGCCCACGUCCAGGGUCUGACCUUCAACACUGCCACCAAGUACGCUAGCAUUGCUAGCACCUUCGGUGUUGCCGCUGGUACCUUCGCCCUCUUCUUCUUCGGUGAAGUGCCCCGUGUGCGCAACGACAUCCUGCGCAAGGUUCCCUUCCUUGACGCGUACUUCGACCGCAGCAUCCCUGCCGAGGACAACCCGUUCUAA